GUGACACAGGUUAUCUUUAGGGUUUUAGGACCAUUGUUUUCUUCUCGAACCUAAAUUCUCUCAUCGUCACUCACUCAACCAUGACUGCUCAAUCUCAAGAAGAGAUCCUAGCCGCUCAUCUCGAACAACAGAAGAUUGAGUCUGAGGAGCCGAUUAUUGAGGAUGAAGACGAUGAGGAUGAAGAUGAUGAGGAUGAGGAUGACAAAGAUGAAGAUGAUGUUGAAGGGGGUAGUGGUAGGUCAAAACAAAGCAGGAGCGAGAAGAAGAGCCGAAAAGCUAUGAUCAAGCUCGGAAUGAAGCCAAUCCCAGGGGUCAGCCGUGUCACUGUCAAAAAGAGCAAGAGUAUUCUAUUUGUCAUCUCGAAACCGGACGUUUUCAAGAGCCCUGCAUCAGACACAUAUAUUAUAUUUGGUGAGGCAAAGAUUGAGGACUUGAGCUCUCAACUGCAGUCUCAGGCUGCAGAGCAGUUCAAGGCACCUAAUUUGAGCAAUGUGAUAUCAAAGCCCGAGCCAUCAACGGUGGCUCAGGAUGAUGAGGAUGAUGUAGAUGAGACUGGCGUAGAACCCAAGGAUAUCGAGCUGGUGAUGACUCAAGCAGGUGUCUCCAGAGCAAAAGCUGUCAAAGCUCUCAAGGCUGCAAAUGGUGAUAUUGUCUCUGCCAUUAUGGAACUUACAAACUAGAAACUCUUUACUAUGUAGUUUUUUCUUUUCCAAUCUUAUGAGCUUAUUAUGAAUAUUAAAGGUUUCAGUUGCUGCUUUUCCCAUUCAGUUGUACUGUUCUGCUUGCUGUCAUUGUAUACCAGAGACAUGCUGAGUUAUGUAAACGAAAAAAAAUGGAGUUGUGCUGCAUUUUUCCUCACUAA